CAGCUGUCUUUCCUAAGACAGGGACACAUGGGCCUGGUUAUUCCUCUUGUCACAUGUGGAGUGGUAGGAGAUGGAAGAGGGAGAAAGACCAGGCAGGCAAAGAGGGCACUGGCACAGAGAUAAGUGGGCUUAGCCAUCGGAGCCACUGGGCCCCAACAGAGUGGUACCUGAGCACAGCUUAAUCCAGCACAGGCACCCUCUCAGCUUGAAGGCCUCUCAAACUGUCCAAACUGCUUCCUGGUAACACUGACCCCUGACAGGGUCUUCUGUAAUACAGGCGACACCCACAUUCCCACUUGCAAAGGGGGCAUAAGACAUGACCCCCAGAGGGUUAUUGGCGAGAAAAGCAGGAAAGCAAGAGUCCUAGUAGAUUUUAGCAGCAGGUGUGGCGUCCAGGGAAAAGAAAUCUGGACACCCAGGAACUGAGAGACCCACCAGUCUAAAGCCAGACCUCCGUGCCCUUCCUCAGGGACAAAAGUGUCCUGCCAGAAUCCUCCUGGAAAAAACCUGUUUCCCUCCCAUCUUCUCCCCCAACCAGGUCCCAGGUUUCCCAUCUCCUAGGGAAAGACAGAUCCCCCUGUUCAAAUCCUCUGUGUGGUGUGCGUGGGUGGAGGAGCUGGGGCUCCGCUAGCGAACCAUGGUCCAGGCAGGGGCUCCAGGUCCUGCGCGGGUGGGAGGAGAAGGCGUCACUUCCGGGGGCCAUUGCCAGUGUCUAGUGGCUCCCUGCUCUCUGAUUGGGCAGAAGUGGCCCGGGCAGGCGUGUGACCCCACUGCCCUGGAGGGGCUAUGCCCCAGCGCCACCUGUUUUCCUACCCAUCUGCUCCCCAGAGUGCCGCCUGCUCCGCACCUGGGUCCUGGAGCCCUUCUCCACCCGGAUAGAUUCUAGACCCUCCUUCUUGGCCCACCUGUGCCCCACCUGUGCCCCACCUGUGCCCCACCCCACUCUGCCCAGAAGUGCAAGAGCCCAAGCCGCCUCCAUGGCCCCAGGACGGAUUCAGGGGAGAGGCCCCAUACAGGGAGCCACUCCAACCAGACAGCCUGGCCAGAAUGGAGCUGACUGAAUUGCUCCUCGUGGUCAUGCUUCUCCUAACUGCAAGACUAACUCUGUCCAGCCCGGCUCCUCCUGCCUGUGACCCCCGACUCCUAAAUAAACUGCUUCGCGACUCCCAUGUCCUUCACAGCAGACUGAGCCAGUGCCCAGACGUUAACCCUUUGUCCACACCCGUCCGGCUGCCUGCUGUGGACUUCAGCUUGGGAGAAUGGAAAACCCAGACAGAGCAGACCAAGGCACAGGACGUUCUGGGAGCCGCGACCCUUCUGCUGGAGGCAGUGAUGGCAGCGCGGGGACAACUGGGACCCACUUGCCUCUCAUCCCUACUGGUGCAGCUUUCUGGACAGGUCCGCCUCCUCCUUGGGGCCCUGCAGGGCCUCCUAGGAACCCAGCUUUCUGCACAGGGCAGGACCACAGCUCACAAGGAUCCCAGUGCCAUCUUCCUGAGCUUCCAACGACUGCUCCGAGGAAAGGUGCGUUUCCUGCUGCUUGUAGUGGGACCCACCCUCUGUGCCAAGCGGGCCCCACCUACCACAGCUGUCCCGGGGAACACCUCUCCAUUCCUCACACUGAACAAGCUCCCAAACAGGACUUCUGGAUUGUUGGAGACAAACUCCAGUGUCUCAGCCAGAACUACUGGCUCUGGACUUCUGAACAGGCUGCAGGGAUUCAGAGCCAAGAUUCCUGGUCUGCUGAACCAAACCUCCAGGUCCCUAGACCAAAUCCCUGGACACCUGAACAGGACACAUGGACCCCUGAGUGGAAUGCACGGACUCUUUCCUGGACCCACACCCAGGGCCCUAAGAGCCCCGGAUAUUCCUCCGGAAACUUCAGACAUGGACUCCCUGCCACCCUACCUCCAGCCUGUAGAGUCUCCUUCCCCAGCCCAUCCUCCUCCUGGACAGUACACACUCUUCUCUCCUUCACCAACCUUGCCCAUCCCCACGGUCCAGCUCCAACCCCUGCUUCCUGACCCCUCUGCUAUCACACCCAACUCUACCAGUCGUGUUCUAGUUGCAGCCCACCCUCACUUCCAGAAUCUGUCUCAGGAAGAGUAAGGUACUCAGGCACUGCCGACAUCAGCAUCGCCUCCCAAGUACAAUCCCCUUACUCGGAGGAGAGGCCCUGGGAGACAACUGCAGCUAUACAGGCAUACCUCAUUUUAUUGCGCUUCAUUUUAUUAUGCUUUACAGAUACUGCAUUUUUUACAAAUUGAAGGUUUGUGGCAACCCUGUGUUGUCAGAUG